CGGGUAAUAAGAGUUGGCGCCAAUGAUUUCCGAAUCAGCAGAUAUACUUUCUCCUUUCAAUCUUAGAUUAUGUAAAAAAUGUCUUUGUUUAAAUCUCUUAAACCAACCACGAUUUGCGGAAAAUGAUACCUUUUUUCCAUCUGACGAAGUCGACGGUGAUUCAUUCUUAAGUGCUUUUUAAAUCUUUAAAUUAUUUUCUUAUUUGUAGUAGCAUUAUUAUCAACUGGAAUCUGUUUUUGAUUUUGGUUUUCUAUCCAUAUCACUACUGCCUUUUCCAUAUUUUCCAUUCUGUCAUCUAUUCAUUCAUUCUAUCUAUUCUAACCUCUUUGAAAUCAGACUAGUGAAAGGAAAGCAAUUGGCAAAAAGCUAAUUUCCGGUGGCAUCCGUGAUGGCGUUUAUUGGAUUCAUGCUUUAGAUUUGCGGCAAAGGAUUGAUGUUUAUUGACAAUUAGUUACGGCUUUUUUAAAGGUUAGUUAUAAUGAAAGAGAGUGAUACUAAGUCAUCGAGAAAAAGGAAAAGGAGUGUCAUUAUCAGUAAUGAUAAAUUUGUAAUUGUUAGUUUGGAAAAAGAAGAAUUUCCACCAAGAAAGAAACGUCCCUCCGUUUCUUCUGUUAAUCAAAGUUAUGUUGUUAGUAGGUCAAAAAAGAAGAAAAGAGAAUCAUGUUAUGAAAAAUUUAUAAAAGAUCUGUUUAAUAGUUCUUCUACAUCAAAUGUUGAACUUGUACAAAGUCAAAGUGAGGAUUUUGGUGCUGCUUCUGGUACUACACCAGAAAAUCGACCUUCAGUAGAAGAAUUUUCAAGAGAAGAACUUUCAAGAGAAGAACUUUCAAGUGAAGAACCUUCAAGUGAAGAAUCUUCAAGUGAAGAACCUUCAAGUGAAGAACCUUCAACUGAAGAACAUUCAACUGAAGAACCUUCAACUGAAGAACCUUCAACUGAAGAACCUUCAACUGAAGAACCUUUAAGAGAAGAACUUUCAAGAGAAGAACCUUCAAAAGAAGAACCUUCAAGUGAAGAACCUUCAAGCGAAGAACCUUCAAGUGAAGAAGAAGCUGAGUGUAAUGAAGAAAACAAUGCUUUCACUGAUUUUUUGAACUCAUUUCCUACUUUACCUGAUAGCGAUAACGAAAAGGAACAACCUUCUGUUUGUGAAGACAGUGACGGUUCUGCAAGUCGUCGAAAGGGUAAAGCAAAGAAACAAGAAAGUAAAUCAGAGGAGAAUGAUUAUCAGUUAUUCAAUGAAUCAAAAAUGGUUGUGGAAGAAACAGAUGAGAAGCAGGUACAUACUUUUGUCAAUUAUUUCAUUGUACAGUGCAGAGUCUGA